ACUAUAGUUUCGUUUCCUAGAAGAGUACUCUAAACACUUCACCGCGGUUUUAUACGUCCGCGGCGUUCCAUCUAUCAAAUGAAUUAUUAUUUAUUCAUUUCACCGAAUGACAAGUGUUGAAAAAUAUUUGGCACAAUAGUAACAUCGUCGAAUCAUUGAAAAAUUAGAUGUAAUGUAUAAUUGCAAUAUGACCCAGUGUAAUUAGUGAACAUUUCGUUUAUGUUAGAGGAGUUACCUGGAGCAAUAACGGGACCAAUCCGAGGUAGGAAGUAGCAGAUAGAAUGAAACGUGUUUCACAAUUGAUACGUCGAUUUACGCAAUCACGAAACGACCUUCGAAGAAUUUUGUGCUCAGAUGCGGUGACCACGACGAGUGACUGCACCAUCGAUCACGAUGCAACGAUCCAAACGAAGCCGUAUGAGGAUAUACCAGGACCAAAGCCGAUUCCAAUCUUAGGAAAUACCUGGCGUCUGUUUCCAAUAAUUGGCCAGUAUCAAAUAUCAGACGUGGCGAAAUUGUCGCAGAUAUUCUACGAUGAGUACGGGAAGAUUGUCCGUUUGACUGGCUUGAUAGGUCGACCGGAUUUGUUGUUCGUUUACGACGCUGAUGAAAUCAAGAAGAUUUAUAGGCAGGAAGGGCCGACUCCAUUUAGACCAUCUAUGCCAUGCCUGGUUCAUUACAAGAGCGUUGUGAGGAAAGACUUUUUCGGAACUCUACCUGGAGUUGUUGGAGUGCACGGAGAGCCAUGGAGAAAAUUUCGUACAAAAGUCCAGAAACCUGUUCUACAACCGCAGACGGUGAAGAAAUACAUAGCACCUAUUGAGAUGGUUACGUCUGAUUUCAUACAAAGAAUUGAAGAAAUUAAGAACGAAGAUGGAGAACUGCCAGCAGACUUUGAUAAUGAAAUACACAAGUGGGCUCUAGAAUGUAUAGGUCGAGUUGCUCUUGACGUGAGAUUAGGAUGUUUAUCGGGCAAUCUCACACCAGAUUCAGAACCACAAAAGAUCAUCGACGCGGCGAAAUUUGCUUUGAGGAAUGUGGCAGUGCUUGAAUUGAAGGCUCCUUAUUGGAGAUAUGUUCCCACCCCUCUUUGGUCGCGAUACGUACGAAACAUGGAUUACUUCAUCGAGAUAUGCAUGAAAUACAUCGACGCAGCGAUGGAGAGAUUGAGAACGAAGAAAGCUAUCAACGAAUUUGAUUUAUCUUUGGUGGAAAGAAUUUUAGCCAAAGAAACUGACCCUAAAAUGGCUUAUAUACUCGCCUUAGAUUUGAUUUUGGUUGGAAUAGAUACAAUUUCAAUGGCUGUUUGUUCAAUAUUAUAUCAAUUAGCAACUAGGCCAGAGGAGCAAGAAAAAAUUUACCAAGAACUUGUUGAAAUUCUCCCUGAUCCAUCUGUACCUCUUAAUACAAAUCAUCUCGACAAGGCUAUUUAUAUGAAAGCCUUUGUUCGUGAAGUUUUUCGAGUAUAUUCUACGGUGAUUGGAAACGGUAGAACAUUGCAAAAUGAUACUACAAUUUGUGGUUACAAAGUACCAAAAGGGGUACAAGUCGUGUUUCCAACCGUGGUAACAGGAAAUAUGGAACAAUAUGUAACAGAUGCAAAAACAUUUAAACCAAUGAGAUGGCUGAAAGAAUCUUCUGAUGAAAGUUUACAUCCUUUUGCAUCAUUACCUUAUGGCCAUGGCGCACGCAUGUGCCUAGGUAGAAGAUUUGCCGAUUUAGAAAUUCAGGUGCUGCUUGCCAAGCUGAUAAGAUCUUAUAAAUUGGAAUACCAUCAUAAACCACUUAAGUACAAAGUUACGUUUAUGUAUGCUCCUGACGGAGAACUCAAAUUUAAAGUGCUCCAAAGAUAGUCAUGGUUUGUACUUU